CCAGGUCUCCCGGGCUCCAGUCACUCCGGAGACUGAGACAUGGGGGGGCGGCCGGAUGAGGACAAGGCCCACGGGAAACCAGUCAAAUAUGACCCCUCCUUUCGAGGCCCCAUCAAGAACAGGGGCUGCACAGAUGUCAUCUGCUGCAUCCUCUUUCUCAUCUUUAUUUUGGGUUACAUCGUGGUGGGGAUUGUGGCCUGGGUGUAUGGAGACCCCCGUCAAGUCCUCUACCCCAGGAACUCUACCGGGGCUUACUGCGGAAUGGGGGAAAACAAAGACAAGCCCUACCUACUGUACUUCAACAUCUUCAGCUGCAUCCUGACCACCAACAUCAUCAUAGCUGCUGAGGGCAACCUGCAAUGUCCCACUCCCCAGGUGUGCGUGUCCUCCUGCCCAGCAGACCCAUGGACCGUGGGACCCAGCCAGUACUCACAGACAGUCGGGGAGGUCUUCUACGCGGCAAACAGGAACUUUUGCCUGCCAGGGGUGCCCUGGGAUAUGCCAGUGCUUGAUAGCCUGAAACAGGAGCUCUGCCCCAGUUUCCUCCUCCCCUCCACUCCAGCUCUGGGGCGUUGUUUUCCAUGGUCUAACAGUACCACACCUGAACUCCAAGGCAUCACCGGCAACAUCUCCCAGGGGAUCAGUGGUCUUCUUGAUGCCCUCAAUGCUCGUGACAUCAGUGUUAAGAUCUUUGAAGAUUUUGCCCGAUCCUGGUAUUGGAUUCUUAUUGCCCUAGGCGUGGCCCUGGUCGUGAGCCUGCUGUUUAUCCUGCUUCUGCGCCUUGUGGCUGGACCCCUGGUGCUGGUGCUGAUCCUGGGGGUGCUGGGCGUGCUGGCGUAUGGCAUCUACCACUGCUGGAAAGAGUACCAGGUGCUGCGGGACAAGGGUGCCUCCAUCGCCCAGCUGGGCUUCACCACCAACCUCAGCGCCUACCAAAGCGUGCAGGAGACCUGGCUGGCAGCCAUGAUCGUGCUGGCCGUGCUCGAAGGCAUCCUGCUGCUGAUGCUCAUCUUUCUGCGGCAGCGGAUCCGCAUCGCCAUCGCCCUCCUGAAGGAGGCCAGCAAGGCUGUGGGAAAGAUGAUGUCCACCAUGUUCUACCCGCUGGUCACCUUUGUCCUCCUGCUCAUCUGUGUUGCCUACUGGGCCAUGACUGCUCUGUACCUGGCCACGUCAGGACAACCCCAAUAUGUCUGGUGGAUACCCAAUGCCAGCCUGCCCAGCUGUGAGGAAGUGCCAGUGAAUAAGUCGUGUGACCCUAUGGCCCAGCCGGUGAACUCCUCGUGCCCAGGGCUGAUGUGCGUCUUCCAGGGCUACUUGACCACAGGCCUGGUUCAACGUUCCAUCUUCAACCUGCAAAUCUAUGGAGUCCUGGGGCUCUUCUGGACGCUCAACUGGGUGCUGGCCCUGGGCCAGUGCGUCUUGGCCGGGGCCUUUGCCUCCUACUACUGGGCCUUCCACAAGCCCCGGGACAUCCCCACCUUCCCCCUGAGCUCUGCCUUCAUCCGUACACUCCACUACCACACCGGGUCGUUGGCCUUCGGGGCCCUCAUUCUGACCCUUGUGCAGAUAGCCCGGGUGGUCCUGGAAUACAUCGACCACAAGCUGAGAGGAGCCCAGAACCCUAUGGCCCGCUGCAUCAUGUGUUGCUUCAAGUGCUGCCUCUGGUGCCUGGAGAAGUUUAUCAAGUUCCUGAACCACAAUGCAUACAUCAUGAUCGCCAUCUAUGGGAAGAAUUUCUGCGUCUCAGCCAAGAAUGCCUUCAUGUUGCUCAUGCGGAACAUUGUCAGGGUGGUCGUCCUGGAUAAAGUCACAGACUUGUUGCUGUUAUUCGGGAAGCUGUUGGUGGUUGGAGGCGUCGGGGUCCUGUCCUUCUUUUUUUUCUCUGGCCGCAUCCAGGGUCUGGGUAAGGACUUUGAGAACCCCCACCUCAACUACUACUGGCUGCCCAUCAUGACCUCCAUCCUGGGAGCCUACGUCAUUGCCAGUGGCUUCUUCAGCGUGUUUGGGAUGUGUGUGGACACGCUUUUCCUCUGUUUCUUGGAAGACCUGGAGCGGAAUGACGGCUCCCUGGAACGGCCCUACUACAUGUCCAAGGCCCUUCUGCAGAUUUUGGGCAAGAAGAACGAGGUGCCACCAGGGGUCAAGAAGAAGAAGUGAGACCCCAGGCCCUGACUCAGGGUUGCAUCCCUUCUGUACAGCUGCCUAGCCCCACUCGAACUUCCAGAUCGUGACUCUGUAGUAAAAAGAUUUUAUUAAAGAUUGAUAUUUUGUUGUCUCAA